AUGGAUUGCCAUUUGGACGCAGCCUUGAGACAGGUUUUUGGCAAAGUUACGUCGAACUAUAACUUUGUCAGCUUCACAGCAGUGUUGGAUUCACUGGACAAGGAGCACGCAGAGAUAUUACGUCGAUCCUGCCUAUGGCCCCUGUAUUCACUGCAAUCUGUACUGUUCUCUAGACAGUUGAUCGAUUCAUUACUGUGUCGACUGCUUAAACCAGUUGAUAGAGAUGCCCUCCACUUUGAUCUUGGGGGCAAUGCUGCUAUAUUUUCUAUACUUGAGUUUGCUCAUAAGAUGAUCUCGGACGCUUAUAAGUGGUUUCACAACAUCACCACUUCGGGGGCUUGGCUCGCCGAUAAUCACAUUGACUUCGCCAUGGAUUUGCUACGAGAUCGAGCUGAACGACAUCCAAGAUCAUUCAACAUUCCUGGCCUACUCAUAUUGAACACUGAGUUCAUACAUGCCGUUGACAUUGAGUACCAGACGUUCCAAACUAUGGGUAAUGAGUACACGGUGCUACAUACAUGAUGGAGUGGGUCGUAGGGAUGUGGUCGAGUGUCGGGAGAAAGCCAUGAGAGGGUUGUACACAUCUGUACAUUCCGGUAUGUGUCAAUCAUCACUACAUUGCAGUGGAGAUUGUAUUCGCCGACUCGACCAUGUAUGUGUAUGACCUCGAUCAUUCAUGCCUGACAUAAGGUCAGCUCGAGCAAAAUCUGUAGUCGAUGUCUAUGAUCAUUCCUAUGCUGGCUAGACGAGCGAAUAUUAUUAUGUAGGACAGACUGACCACCGUGCGGGACACGAUGAUAACUAGACGACAAAUAUCAUAAGUGUUUAUUAUUUUAUUUUUGUAAUUUACAACUUACGUUCCAGUUAGGCG